AUGUUCCUCGGCCUUCUGUCAACUUGUUGUUUGCUCGGUCCCCUCUACGUCAUUUACAAACCUCCAAUCUUCCUCAUUAAAUUCUUUCAACGACGCUGGCCAACCGUCUUAUUCCACCACCCAAUCGGCAAGAAAGUUGUCGCGUUGACCAUUGAUGACGCGCCAUCCGUUUAUACAGCCAAUGUCGACAACAAAACAACUGGAGGUGUCGAGGGGAACACGCCGAAAAUCCUCGAUUUACUACGAGAAAACGAUGCUACAGCUACCUUCUUUGUGAUCGGAUCUCAAGUACCGGGGUAUGAAGAUAGUCUUACGGACUUGGUGAAAGCGGGCAAUGAACUGGGCAAUCAUGCUAUGUAUGAUGAGCCAUCGCGUGCAUUAAGUGAUGUCCAGUUAAAGGAACAGAUAUUGACCGUGCAGGGUCUGAUUCAAGCAGCGUACCGUGUAGCUGGGAAGGCCGCAGGACCAGAGGGAUGGUUCUUUCGACCUGGUUCUGGAUUCUUUAGUUCUAGGAUGCGCCGUGUGGUUGCGGAGCUUGGAUAUCGACUUGUGCUGGGAGAUGUGUAUCCGCAUGAUCCGCAAGUUCCGUAUGCGGGGAUAAAUGCGAAGCAUAUAUUGAGUAUGGUUCGACCGGGGAGUAUCAUUGUUUGCCAUGAUCGCAGAGAGUGGACUAUGCCUAUGUUGCAGGUUGUGUUGCCAGAGCUGAGAAGAAGAGGUUAUCGUGUUGUGAAUGUGUCUGAGCUACUAAGGGAAAGUAUCUCUGGAUGA